AUGGUGUGGUGGAAGGCUGCGGUGACCCCAGCCUACCAGCAGGUGGUGGCCAGGGAAGCUGAGGGGAAUCAGAUCGGCUACCCCCUGGCAUCAGAUGUCGCAUCACUGCGGCUUACAGAUUCGAACGGCUUCAGGCUGGAGCCCUUUGUGCGAAAGGUGGACGACCGCCUCUUCCCCCCGCCCGCCGAGGCCGCACUCCCCGCUUCCUUCGGCGUGGCCCUGGCCGACUCCGACGAAUGCCUGGACAUCCCCACCGACCUCCUGGGGUCGCUGGCGGCCUCAUACCAGACGCUGCGCGCCUUCUCCUGGCAGCUGCGCCUGGCCCCCUUCCCCCUGGCCGCCUACUGCGCGGCGCUGGCGGCGGAGGCCGCCAGCCAUCUGGUGGACGAGGUCCACGUCAGCAUGCUGCGCGCGCUGAUGAUUGACGAGACGGCCGCGGAGCGUGCGCAGCGCGCGCUGGACCCCCAGUUCCUGGACGCGCUGACCUGGCCGCUGUACCUCUGGGACUGGCUGCGCCUGUCCGGCAGCCCGCUGGCACGCGGGGAGGUGAAGGUGAAGAUUCUGGAGUCGCUGGCCAACAGCCUGCUGGACUGCAUCACCAUACGGGCGGAGAUCGACCGGCGCGAGGCGGCCGGGCAGCUGGUGGCGGGGUGCGAGGCGGGGCCCGCCGUCGCCCCCCCGCCACAGGUCGCCGGGGCACUGGACCACAACACCGACACCUGCGUCUUGUGCGGGCUGGGGGGCAACCUGAUCUGCUGCGACGGCUGCCCUGCCACCUACCACAUGCGCUGCCUGGGGGAGACCAGCAAGUCUCUGGGGGACGGCGAGUGGCUCUGCCCGGAAUGCGUUGCCGGGGGAAGGGGCGAGGCUGCGGGCGUGAGGCUCCCGCCGGGCGCCAGGAAUGCCUGGAAGCAGCCCUACUACCUCGCCCAGGGCUCGGUGAUCCGGGCCGCCAUGCCCACGCUGAGGGGCCGGGGGUCGGCGACGGCAGAGCUACCGGAGCCAGAGCCGCCUGUGUAUGUGUACCGAGGCGCGGCCGCGCGGGAGGCCCUGAAGCAGGCGCACCGCAUCCGGAGUGCCGACGAGAUCCCAGAGCCCUCCAGCUUCGAGGCGGUGGAGGCCGGCAAGGAUGCCGAGCCGGCAGACGUCGCGUCGUACAACAACACGUACCGCAACGGCUGGGCGGCGGCGGCCGGCGCCAUCCGCGCCGCCAUGGAGGACGCGCGGCGGCGCAAGGGCCGCGGGCAACUGUGGGUGCCGACGGGCACCUGCGGGCACGUGGCCAUCCAGGAGCCCAUCGCGCCCCUCACCGUCUCCAAGCACCAGUGGGUGUUCCUGCAGGGGCGCGCGACCAACCGCCAGACCGUGCGCUGCGGCAAGUGCUACACCUGCCUGCGCCCCUCGCUGAGGAAAGGGUGCCUGAACCCUCUGGUCAAGGGCGACGAGGCGGGGGAGGGACCCGAGACCACCAAGCUGGAGGUGCUGCUGGCGGGCCUGCUGAAGAUGGAGCGCGAGUUCUGGGCGCUGGCCGGGGGGCCAUGGCCGGGGGAGGAGGGCGCGGUGCACCGCAUCGCCUGGGGCUCCGCCGUCCGCGUCGCCGCCAACGUGCAGGAGGUGCGACCCACGCGGCGGUGCGGGCGGUGCCCCAACUGCCUCAACCCCGCGGCGAAGAAAGGGUGCACGGUGCUGGCGAGCUUGCGCACAGCCAAGCGCACCAACACCGCCGGCAAGCGGGUCUCGACAGGGUUUGCCCCUGCCGGGGACGGCAGCGCGGCGCUGGUGCAAGCACUGGUGGCCUCGGCCAUCGCCAAGGCGCUGGUGGCGGCUGGCGGGAUGGACGAGGGCGCCGCCAUGGCCGCCAAGCUCCGCCGCCACGCAAUGCUGGCGGCGGGCGCGGGGCGCCUGGCCGAGGCGGCCAGCCACGCGGCGCAGAGGGAGGCCCAGCCGGAGCCGGAGCCGCUGGCCGACCACCAGCGGCGGGCGGCGGGGCGGCCCCUGUGGCUGCCGGAGGCGGAGGUCCCGCUCUGGGCCGUCAAAACCUUCGAGGACCGCGCGCGACGCGCGCUGCAAGGCCCCGGGACGGGCCCACGCGGCGGCGGCGGCGGUGGCGCCCCCGCCGGACCCCGGCGCCAGAGGCGGGGCGAGUCCGGGGACGAGGGCGGCGCGGGGCCCCGCGCCGCCACGCCCGGCGGCGCCGAGCCGGGCAGCGCCUGCGCGCGCUGCGGUGGGCCGUGGGAGGGCGAGGCGGCCGACGAGCCGUGGAUCGCCUGCGACGCCUGCGACGACUGGUUCCAUGGCGACUGCGUGUCGCUGUCCGCGGAGGACAUCGCCUCGCUGCCGGAGGCCGCCGCCUGGAAUUGCCCACGCUGCUGCGCCGGCGCCCGGGACUCCUCCCGCCGGCGGGCGGCGGGUCAGGGCGUGUCGGCGGCGGCCGCGCCCACGCCACACGGCGGGACCGGCAGCCUGAAGCGGCGGGAGGCGCCGGCGUCCCCGGGAGGGGAGGUCGUCAAGCGGCCCAGGGGCCGGCCCCCCAAGGCGCGGGGUGACGCGGCGGGCGGCGCCACGCCCGGCGCGUCGGCGCCGGUUCCGAUGCAGGGAGCUGCCCCUGAUCUGGCCCCGGUCAUCACCGGCGCCCAGGCUGUCGCGCAGGCGGCUCCCGUCAUAACCUCUAGAAAGGCAUCGGGAAGCGCGUUGCGCGAACCUGACCCUGCUGUCGUCUCGACAGUCGAGCAGGCGCAGGGUCGGCGCCGGGGACAGGUCGCAGCACCACCGGCGACAGAGGCGGCGGGGCCCGAGAUCUCUUGCCCCGUCUGCCGCCUGCCGGACUAUGGCAGGCCCCUGCUGGGCUGCGAUGCCUGCCAGAUGUGGUUCCACUACGAAUGCGCGGGCGUGUCGGCCAAGGAGGUGGACUCCAAGGCGCCAUUCCUGUGCAAACCGUGCCGGGGUCUGAGGCCCAUGGACAUUCAGACCAUACAGCGAAAGUUGGCCAAGGGCGCCUACACCUCCCUGACCCAGCUGGAAGCUGACGUGGCCUUGAUCUGGUCCAACUGCCGGGCUUACAACCUGCCCACCGCGCCCGUGGUGGGCGAGGCGGCGGCGGCCGAGGCCGCGCUCGACGCACUGUGGCAGGAGGCGGACCUGCCCAAGACACUGAAUCCCGCCGCGGCGACGGAGGCUGGCAGCACGGAUGCCCCUGCUCCGGCCAAGCCCGGGCCCGCCCUGAACUGGCGGAAGCCGGCCCUCAAGGUGCUGAAGAAGCUGCAGGCGCUGUCCAUCAGCUACCCUUUCUGGGCGCCGGUGCGCGCCGAGGACGCCCCCGACUACGGCGCGGUGGUGAAACAGCCCAUGGACCUGGGCACCAUCUCCGACAGGCUCAAGGGGGAGGACUACGCCACGCCCGCCCAGGUGCGGGCCGACGUGGAGCUGGUGUGGCGCAACGCGGGGGCGUACAAUGGCAGGGGCCACCCCAUCACCGUCGCCGCGGCGGCAUGCUCCACCGCGUUCAAGAAAGCAUGGCGAGAUGUGGGCCUGGGGUAA